AUGUAUCAGACAGAGCUUGCCAGGAAACGACUGACGAAGAGUAGUUUGAGCACCGAGCUUGGACUUCCAUCCUCGAUCCCACCAGAUGCUCCGAGUCUGGAAGAGUUGAGCAAAGCAGCACUCCCAUCCGAGUUCGUAUGUGCUACUAGGAUAGCAUUGGAAAGCGCGAAGAUGAGCAAGUUGGUUGACCAGAACAUAUCUACUGACACAACUACGAGUACUGGUGCAGAAACGGCACGCUUUGGAUUACUGAGGAUGCUGGAAUCAGACUUGAACGCCUUAGCAAAGUCAAUGGGGAUCAGAGAGACACUACCAAGCGGCAUAGCCGAGCUUUCGCUACUGAUGGCCAAAAUCAAUCUCUGCUCCUUCGAACUUAACCGAGCUACAAGGUUGAGGACAUCUGAUGCCGCACAACUGCGACUAUCUGUUUUCGACUGUGCCACAAGUCUGAUACAGUUGUUUGGUGGCACACAUUUCGUCUCGGCACAAGCAGUGGGAAGCCUUACUACCUGGGGCCUACCUGUGCAGACAUUCUACCCUCGAAACUAUUGGUAUGGACUUGUGUAUGCCUGCCUGGUACUCAUGAAGCUCAGUCUCACGAACACUCUACCUGAGGUCGAAUCCGGCCGAAGCAAAGUUGCCAUCCAACAAGCAGUAGACUUGUUGAACUCCUGCUCAGUGGUACCGGAUGAGCUCUCUCGUGUGGCAAAGUUGAUCGGUCUUCUUCGCCGAGAAGCUGUGCAAGAGAUCAUUCAGCCACGACACAAGGUGCAUUCGCGAAUGGGCGCAUCCCUAAUGUAUGAAAUCAUUUUCUCAGUUCUAUACUGGAAGAAGCGCAAGCAGAAGGGGCAGCAGCACGAGGACUCAACGAUUUGGCCAAAUUUUGACCACGAGACCAGAGAUGCUUCACAGAUGGAUACGGGUUUAGCGAUGCCUGACACGUCUUCACGAGGCAUGGAUGAAUUGAUCGCAAGCUCGGGCUAUCUGAUCGAGGGUUGGGGAACGAAUACGUUUGAUGCGAAUCUAUGGGACACAUCCGCAUUCGACCAGGUACGUCUCGCUGUGGGCACUGUUCUUUCUUCCUUUGUGUUCUGA